ACAUUUGUAUGAUAAACAUAGAACUGUAUCAAAAAAUAAUUCAUAUUAUUGUAAAUAUGGUUCUAAUGGAGUAUGUAAUGGUCAUAAUAGCAGAAGUUAUAGUGAAUCAGAAUAUAAGACACAUAUAGUUCAAGACCAUGCAUUUCAUAUUAUUUCAGUCCUUCCUUAUCAUAAAACAUCAAAUUGCAAAAAACCAUCUGAUGAAUGGAAUUUUUAUUCAGCUUCUCAAAGUCUAUCUACAGUAUUAAAUGAUCCAAAACAACCUAGAUCAAAAGAUUUUUUUACCAAGAUAUGGGGAGAUAAAUUCACAGAUUUAAAUCCAGUUCCGCCUUCUCAACAUCUACCUAUAGUAAAACUUCAAAAUUUUCAAGAUUAUCUUAAGCGUAUAUCCAAGAAACAUAAAAAACACAUAGAGCUUAGUAAAGAAGAAAAAAAGGAAGAAUACCCAGCUGAAAUUCGUCAACAGUUUCCAAAUUUACGAUUAUCUAAAUUAACUGAUGGGGUCAGCUAUAAUUUAUCUGAAGUUCCACUAGUUUUUUUAGAAUCUAAUUUUGAUCUCAGUAAUUGUGAAACAUUUUUUACUGUGUUUCCUAAUAUUUUUCCUACAUUAGAUUAUCUGACUAAUAUUCCAAUGGCUAAUAUAAAACUAUCGCAUAAGUCUAUUCAGGAAAAACUAAUUUAUUACUUAGAUACUGUUGAAGUAAAAAUAGCACAACAAGUGAGAUCCAAAUCAGAGGCAUUUUUUCACAUAAUGACCUCACAUGAUGCACUUAAUGAAAAAAUAAGCCAAUCUAUUCAAUUAGCUGGGCAAUCGAGGGGACAGGGAUAUGAUAAUCAAAACAUGAAAGGACAAAAUCAAGGAGUUCAGGCAAGAUUAUUAAUUAUAAACCCAUAAGCAUUUUAUAUUUCAUGCAGUUGUCACUCUUUGAAUUUAGUUAUUGCUAAUGUUGUAUCGUCUUUUAAAGAAUCAAUUUUUUUAUUUGGAUUAAAACAACGUGUAUAUGUAUUA